AUGGGCUUCUCCGCCCUAGUCGCCAGCGCCCUGUGCACCUUUCUGCUGCCCCUGCUACUCUUUCUGGCUGCCGUCAAGCUCUGGGACCUGUACUGCGUGAGCAGCCGCGACCCCAGCUGCCCGCUCCCGCUGCCCCCGGGCACCAUGGGGCUCCCCUUCUUCGGGGAGACGCUGCAGCUGGUGCUGCAGAGGCGGAAAUUCCUGCAGAUGAAACGCAGGAAAUACGGCUUCAUCUACAAGACUCACCUCUUUGGGCGGCCCACGGUACGGGUGAUGGGCGCCGAGAACGUGCGGCACAUUCUGCUGGGCGAGCACCGGCUCGUCUCCGUGCAGUGGCCCGCCUCGGUGCGGACCAUCCUAGGCUCGGGCUGCCUCUCCAACCUCCACAACGGGCAGCACAAGCACCGCAAAAAGGUGAUCAUGCGGGCCUUCUCCCGGGACGCCCUGCAGCACUACGUGCCCGUCAUCCAGGAGGAGGUGAGCGCCUGCCUGGCGCGGUGGCUGGGCGCCGCCGGGCCCUGCCUGCUCGUGUACCCCGAGGUGAAGCGCCUCAUGUUUCGCAUUGCCAUGAGAAUCCUGCUGGGCUUCCAGCCCCGCCAGGCCAGCCCCGACGGCGAGCAGCAGCUGGUCGAGGCCUUCGAGGAGAUGAUCCGCAACCUCUUCUCCCUGCCCAUCGAUGUGCCCUUCAGUGGGCUCUACCGGGGCUUGCGGGCACGCAACAUCAUCCAUGCCAAGAUCGAGGAGAACAUCCGUGCCAAGAUGGCCCGCAAGGAGCCUGAGGGGGGCUACAAGGAUGCCCUGCAGCUGCUGAUGGAACACACACAGGGUAACGGCGAGCAGCUCAACAUGCAGGAGCUGAAGGAGUCUGCCACAGAGCUGCUGUUCGGGGGCCAUGAAACCACUGCUAGUGCUGCCACGUCACUGAUUGCCUUCCUAGGGCUCCACCAUGAAGUCCUGCAGAAAGUGAGGAAAGAGCUGCAGGUCAAGGGGUUACUGUGCAAUUCCAACCAAGAGAAGCAGCUGGACAUGGAGGUCUUGGAGCAGCUGAAGUACACAGGCUGUGUCAUCAAAGAGACCCUCAGGCUGAGCCCGCCUGUUCCUGGAGGAUUUCGGAUUGCACUCAAGACCCUUGAGCUAAAUGGUUACCAAAUCCCUAAAGGUUGGAAUGUUAUUUACAGUAUCUGUGAUACACAUGAUGUGGCAGACCUCUUUACCAACAAGGAAGAAUUUAACCCAGAUCGCUUCAUGUCUCCAUCUCCAGAGGAUUCCUCUAGGUUCAGUUUCAUUCCUUUCGGUGGGGGCUUGAGGAGCUGCGUGGGCAAAGAGUUUGCAAAAGUCCUUCUAAAAAUAUUUACAGUGGAGUUGGCUCGGAGCUGUGACUGGCAGCUGCUGAAUGGACCUCCUACAAUGAAAACGGGCCCCAUAGUGUAUCCUGUGGACAAUCUGCCUACCAAAUUCAUCGGUUUCAGUGGCCAAAUCUGAGAGCUCAACCCUCCAAAUGGAUUCCUAUAUAGCAUUUAAUAUGUACAUAGUAACUUUUUAUAGUAACAAAGGCCUUUAAAUAUUUAAAACUUGUAAAUGUACAAUAGUUAUUUAUGUCUUCUAAGUAUUUCAAGAGGCUAUGAUAUUUUUUCCCCCAGCACUACAAUUAUGGGUCUCUGAUUCAUAAUUAGAUAAUGUUAUUUCUAUAGAAAUAAAUUUUCCCCUAUUUAAAAAUAUCAUUGAAAACUGGC